UCGGGGAAGGGAGGGGGCGGCCUUAGAGUGACGUCACGGCGCUAACCCGGAUGUAAAGGGAAGUGAGUGAGAAGCUCCGACCCGGGCGAAGCCGCUCCUGAGGGGUUGCUGCUCGGCUCGGCCGUCCAGUGGCAAACGUCUGCUGCCCAGAUGUCUGAGGUGCCCUGAUCUGUUUUUUUCUUGAUCUGGACGUUGGCACACCCAUUUCAAGCUGGCGAUGUCAAGAGUGCCAAGUCCUCCUCCCGCAGAAAUGUCCAGCGGGCCGGUGGCAGAGAGCUGGUGUUACACGCAGAUCAAAGUUGUCAAGUUCUCCUACAUGUGGACCAUCAACAACUUCAGCUUCUGCCGGGAGGAGAUGGGCGAGGUGAUCAAGAGCUCGACCUUCUCGUCGGGAGCCAAUGACAAGCUGAAGUGGUGUCUGAGGGUCAAUCCCAAGGGGCUGGACGAGGAGAGUAAGGACUACCUGUCCUUGUACCUGCUGCUCGUCAGCUGUCCCAAGAGCGAAGUCCGGGCCAAGUUCAAGUUCUCCAUCCUCAACGCCAAGGGGGAGGAGACAAAGGCAAUGGAGAGCCAGCGGGCAUACCGCUUCGUGCAGGGCAAGGACUGGGGCUUCAAGAAGUUCAUCCGGAGAGACUUCCUCCUGGACGAGGCCAACGGGCUGCUGCCCGACGAUAAGCUCACCCUCUUCUGUGAGGUCAGUGUGGUGCAGGACUCGGUGAACAUCUCUGGGCAGAACACCAUGAACAUGGUGAAGGUGCCCGAGUGCCGCCUGGCAGAUGAGCUCGGAGGAUUGUGGGAAAACUCGCGCUUCACGGACUGCUCCCUGUGUGGCGGGCAGGAAUUCCAGGCCCACAAGGCUAUUCUGGCAGCCCGAUCACCAGUGUUUAGUGCCAUGUUUGAGCACGAGAUGGAGGAGAGCAAGAAGAACCGAGUGGAGAUCAACGACGUGGAGCCCGAGGUCUUCAAAGAGAUGAUGUGCUUCAUUUACACGGGCAAGGCGCCCAACCUUGACAAGAUGGCAGACGACCUGCUCGCCGCCGCAGACAAGUAUGCCCUGGAGCGCCUCAAGGUGAUGUGCGAGGAUGCCCUCUGCAGUAACCUGUCGGUGGAGAACGCGGCCGAGAUCCUCAUCCUGGCGGACCUUCACAGCGCCGACCAGCUCAAGACUCAGGCGGUGGACUUCAUCAACUACCACGCCUCGGACGUCAUGGAGACCUCUGGCUGGAAGUCCAUGGUGGUGUCGCACCCUCACCUUGUGGCCGAAGCGUACCGCUCAUUGGCAUCAGCACAGUGCCCCUUCCUGGGCCCCCCGCGGAAGCGGCUGAAGCAGUCCUAAUCUGCCCUCCUGCUGCCCCCCCACUUCCACUUUCCAUUUUGAGAACUGCUUUGAUUUGAUUCUUGUGAUUUGUACCCGAGGAAAAAGACAAGUGGGCAGCCCCUGGCACGGCGCCCCCUAGACCCACCCGGGGCCCUGUGCUUAGUGCCUUUGCGGCUGUGCAAGGACAGCAGAGUGAGAGCUUUGAGCGUUUCCUUUCGGGCGACGGCUGCCCGCCAUCCGGCUGUUUUUCAUGGAAGCGAGCCAAAGGAUGCCAAGCAGGAAGGCCGUGGCGGAGGCAGAACGAACGGAUCAGACGCCGGUGCCACAUUGCCCGCCCGCCUGCUCACUCUCAAACUUGCACUAAAACUUCUUCCCUCCCUGAGCUCCGCUUGACUGGCAACCAGACUGGAAGGAAGCUGGGAAUCGAGGAGAGCGGCGGGUGCCAGUGCUCGGCUCAUUCCUUGGAAAAUUUUUAUUGGGAAAUUCUGAACAAAUCUAAACUAAACUAAACCGGGCCAAAGGACCGAGGGCCACGUGGGCCACGUGUGCCACGUGACUCCCCUCUGGCCUCACAGAACGAGCGAGAUGUAGGAGAGGUAAGCGCUGGCGGCAUGCCUGGCACAGGUGGGCACCCCUGUGUCGAUGACGUCUGUAAAUUCCGUUUUUAUGGAGGCUGAUUUUGAGUGAGUUGACCUGUCAUUUGCAUAAUCAAUUGGAAUUUUGUAUUCAAGGGAGUGGCCGGCUGGACGGACUGAGUGCCCAGUCGCCCUCCGCUGCCCGCCCUCUCAGUUGCUGUCGCCGGUGCCCGAUGUCUCCAUAGUUGUACCCGUCAUCAUCUUCUUUCGGUUUUUGAAGAUAUAAAUGACCGCUAUUUUGUAUUGUA